UUUGCAUUCGUUAAAGAUGAUUAGAACACCAUUCAUAUGUUCACUACAUGUAACCAAAAUACAAGACAAUUUACAUGUGUAGUGUUCUGUAAUUGCUUAAACUCAUAUAUAAGUGACCUUACUCUCACAACACAAGAUUGAAGAGAUGGGAUCACACAUGUGUGCAAAGCUACAAGCUUUGUCCUCGAGGAUUAAGCAAGCUUCCUCCAACGGUAAAUGGCGGGAAGUGCUGUCUUGUUACUCAGAGAUAAUACAGACAUCUGAAACUCAACUCAACGACCCUUUCCUCUUCCCCAUCGUUUUCAAAUCUUGUGCUAAGCUCUCGUGGCUGUCGCAAGGCAGAUGCGUCCACGCGAGUCUGUGCAAGAGAGGGUUCGAGUCUUUUGUCUCUGUCGGGAACUCCAUCGCUGACUUCUACAUGAAAUGCGGAGACUUGUGUUCCGCGACAAGAGCGUUCGACUCUAUGACCUCGAGAGACUCUGUUUCUUGGAACGUCGUCGUUUUCGGGUUUCUCGAUCAUGGCUUUGAAGAAGAUGGGCUAUGGUGGUUUUCCAAGUCCAGAGUUUGGGGCUUUGAGCCUAACGUCUCCACAUUGGUUCUUGUGAUUCACGCGUGUCGUAGUUUGCGAUGUUAUAUUGAUGGAGAGAAGACUCACAGCUACGUGAUCCGUUCUGGGUUCUAUGGGGUUUCAUCUGUUCAAAAUUCGAUAUUGUCUUUAUAUGCAGAGUUUGAUUCGGUAAGCGCACGUAAACUGUUCGACGAAAUGUCUGAAAGAGAUGUUAUUUCAUGGAGUGUUGUAAUUAGAAGUUAUGUGCAGAGCCAAGAACCUGUUUGUGGACUGAAGUUGUUCCGAGAGAUGGUUCGUGAGUCCAAAACAGAGCCUGAUUGUGUAACUGUAACGAAUGUUCUCAAGGGCUGUGCUGUUCUUGAGGAUGUUGAUGUGGGAAGAUCAGUUCAUGGGUUUUCUAUACGUAAAGGGUUUGAUUUGGGGGACGUUUUUGUGCGCAAUUCGCUCAUCGAUAUGUAUUCCAAAGGAUUUGAUGUUGAUUCAGCGUUUAGAGUGUUUGAUGAGACGACUUGUAGAAACAUUGUUUCAUGGAAUUCGAUUUUGGCUGGGUUUGUACACAACCAAAGAUAUGAAGAGGCUGUUAAGAUGUUUAGUUUGAUGAGAAAGGAAGCAGUUGAAGCGGAUGAAGUUACUCUCGUGAGUCUUCUUCAGGUUUGCAAGUUCUUUGAGCAGCCAUUUCCCUGUAAGUCGAUACACUGCGUGAUGAUCAGGCAUGGAUAUGAGUCUAACGAAGUUGCCUUAAGCUCUUUGAUUGAUGCAUAUACAAGCUGCAGUCUUGUUGAUGAUGCAAAAACCGUGUUUGAGUCGAUGGCCUACAAGGAUGUGGUGUCAUGUAGCACAAUGAUCUCUGGAUUAGCCCGUUCUGGAAGACCUUACGAAGCUAUUUCAAUCUUCUGUAAGAUGAAGGAUAAGCCCAACGCCAUCACCAUGGUUAAUCUUCUUGACGCAUGCUCUGUUUCAGCAGACUUGAGAAAAUCCAAAUGGGCACAUGGAAUAGCUAUCAGGAGAGGCUUAGCCACGAGUGACAUCUCAGUUGAUACAUCCAUUGUUGACGCAUACGCAAAAUGCGGCGCCAUAGAAAUGGCGAGGAGAGCAUUCGAUCUAGCUCCUAGUAGAAACGUAGUCUCUUGGACGGUGAUGAUAUCAGCAUACGCUAUAAACGGUUUACCGGAGAGAGCAUUAGCAUCAUUCGAGGAAAUGAAACGAGAAGGGUACACACCAAACGCGGUGACUUAUCUGGCGGUUUUAUCAGCUUGUAAUCAUGGGGGAUUGAUCAAGCAAGGUCUCAUGUUCUUCAAAUCAAUGGUUGAAGAUCACAACAAACCUUCGCUGCAGCAUUACUCUUGUCUUGUUGACAUGCUUAGCCGAGCUGGAGAGAUUGAUACAGCAGUGGAACUAAUCAAGAACCUUCCAGAAGACAUGAAACCGGGGGUUAGUGCAUGGGGAUCGAUUCUUAGUGGAUGCAGGAACCGUUUGAAAAGUGGGAUCAUUACAACAGAGGCAAUAGCUGAGGUUCUUGAGCUUGAACCCUUGUGUUCUUCAGGGUAUUUGCUAGCGUCCAGCGUUUUUGCUGCAGACAAAUCGUGGGAAGAUGUAGCGUCGAUGAGGAAGUUGGUGAAGGAGAGAAAGAUUCGGGUCGUUGCUGGUUAUAGCACGGUUCUUGAAGGAACCGUGUCUAGGAGGUUCUUGGCGGGAGAGAAGCUAAACCAAAGUGAUUGUGAGUUAAACAACGUCGUUCAGAGUCUUCGUAGAUGCUUGACGCUAGAAAAUACAAUGGAAUGGAUCUAAGCAGAAGGUUUAAAGUAUUUGGCUCUUGCUAGUUUACUGAGUGUUUCAGGAUGCACGAUAGUUCUUGAUCAGGGCAAGCAAGUUCAUGGACUUUCUCUUCAUUUUAGUUUAGAGUAAAAGUCCACUGCUCGUAGCUCUCUGAUUAAUAUGUACUCUAAAUGCGCAAGUAUGGUAGAAGCUUCAGAGAUAUUUAAAGAAACAUACAGAUAUAUAGUUUCGUUCACAGCUAUGAUCAAUGGAUAUGCAGUAGACGGGAAUUCCAAAGAUAGCUAUUUUAAUCUGUUUUUUUUUAAAA